AUGGCUCCAACAACUGCAUCUAACCCUCCCUUCUCAAUUAACGGAUUGAGAGCUAAGAAGAAGAAUGACCUGAUUGAGAACAUAGCAAACGACGAAACAUCACUACAAGUAAAAGGCGUAAUAAUAAUAAACGUCAACUCUACAUCUACAGAGAUUGCAUCCACGUUGGGCUUAGCUACAACCGGUCUUAAAACUGACUUGGAGAACAGGAUCAAGUUAUACUGCUUGAGCCAACAGCCCACCAUCAAUCACACAGUGGGAGACGCUUCUCCAGCACGUCGUCGGUCUGGUCGCAACUUCCCUCCCCCAGCACAUCAAGAAGCGGUGAAUGGAAACGGAUCUGAAGGUUUCGAGGUGCCUACUGAAAAACCGGAAAUCCAGGAUGUUCCGAAAGGGACAAUUCCACAGCCAUCAGUAGUAGAAAAUUCACAAGUGACGCCAAUUCCUAGAGAAACACAACCCAAGCCGGCAAGUGUAUCACCAUUGGAAUCUCUAAAAAGUUAUUUAAUGUUGAGUUCACCUCAACGCAUUGCUGAUAAUAUGCGCCAGGUUCGUGGAUCGACUUUAAAGGGAAAAGGGCGGGAAGGAUAUAUGGAAAGUGAAAGGAGAAAUUGGGGUUUUGCGAGUGUGGAUGAUAAGAAGGUAACGGAUUCCCAGUCGUUAGUUAAAGCCUUUUUGGUUACAGAAAUAGCGAUUUUUUUAUAUUCUGUGAUUGAAUGGAAAGCAGAAGCCAUCCCAAAUCCAGUUGACGAUUCUUAUUUUCCCGGUCCUGACCUCUCGGUCCUUUUAGACUGGCACGCAUUCUGGCGUCCACUUUUAAACUUUUUUGCUUUCCUAGUCUUUACCCCAUACCUGCUUUCUUAUAUCUUCAAUUUCGAACCGUCUCGGUUAUCAUACAAUCCACUCGCGUUUGCUGUGGCACAGGGCGCGAUGUUGGCUGUUUCUUCGGGGAAUUUUGAUUGGAGUGAAGACGUUCGUCAAUACAUACCUGAUGUUGUUGUUUAUGUGGGUGCCACAGUCGUGGGCUUGUUUGCUUUUUAUGAGAGCAUGUUGUUUAACGUUGUUACCAAGACGAAGGCUUAA